GCAGUGAGUGUGCCGUGAGAGGACGCUGCAGAAGGUUUCCCCUGAAUGUGGACGGUGCUGCUCAGCAAAGACAUCCCCAAAUUCACUCAGACACAAUGAACUUCAGGAAGUGAAGGUGGAUGGACCCCUCAGACGAGAUUUCUGCACCAUGGGGGUAUUUGCCAGACAGAGCGUUAUUCUGAUACUCCUGAACGCAGCAUUUUGUUUGGUGAGUUUGAUAAAACUAGAGGCACUGAAUACAAAGUAUGUAAAUGCAUGUCACUGCAAAAACAGUGUGUUUGAAGAACUUAUGACUGUUGUCUGCUGAGGAUUUCUGACUUUUGAAAUCAUGUAAGAAAUACUUUAAUCCUGCUGAAUUACUGGGCUUGUUUUCUACUGUUGUUGUCUUAAGUGCAUUUUGGCUUUUGAAAAAAUUCUGACUUUUUGUCGUCUAAUCUACUGACAGUAUGUUUGUUGUAUGGAGGAAAUUCUUACAGGGUAGAGCUUGAAGUGCAUUUGACAAGUUGACAAAAAUAAAAGCUUUUAGGUAUUUUCAUUCAAAUAAUCUGCUUUAGGUUGUACUCAAUGCCCAACUUCUUGUCAAUUUCUUUCCAGUUCGCUCUUGGUGAGCAUCAUGCCAAUUCUACAUUCAGCAGGAGAGUUUCACCUCAACCCAACAAUGAUGAACUUUCUUUUUUGCAAAAAACCUGGGCACCUCAAACGAGGAGUUUAAGUCAGAACUCCAAACUCCCUGUAAUGCCUCCUCAAAAACAGAGACUUCUGGGAAUGCUUGGAGGUAACUCCCCAUCAUUCUUUGGCCGACCCUUGAAGACAAAGCACCACCCCAUCAUGAAAGUCCAUGGACUGUCUAAAUUCUCCAGGACGUUCAGCUGGGGGGACUUUUACUCAAACAUCAAAACUGUUAAACUCAACUUCCUGAUUAUGGGGAAGAUCGUGGAUCAUAGGAACGGUUCUCUGGGAGUCUACUUCCGUCACAACUCAACAGGUGUCGGAAAUGUGUCUGUCAGUCUCGUCCCGCCGAUGAAGGAGCUGGAGUUUGAUCUGGAGCGCCAAAGUGUGGUCAACCCAAAAGAUUCAAAGACCUUUAACUGCAGGGUGGACUACGAAAAAACUGAGCGCAACAAAAAGGUAAUGCUGUGCAACUACGACCCGUCCAAAACCUGCGCUCAGGAGCAGAUGCAGAGCCAUGUCACCUGGAUGUGCUCUAAACCCUUUCAGGUCAUCUGUAUUUAUGUGUCUUUCUACAGCACAGACUACAGACUGGUUCAAAAAGUCUGUCCGGACUACAACUACCAGAGUUCUGAGGCUUAUCCGCCAAAGGGCUAACCUGAGUUCAAGCCAGACAACAAUGUUGAGAUGUUUCCAUUUGAAAGGACUACUGUAGUUUUAAAGGGAUUAAUUCAGGAUUUCCUCAGACACCAUAUUUUAUAAAAGGUCAGACACUUUACUGUACCAGAUACCAUCAAGUGUACAUUUUGGUGCAGCAUCUCUCUUGCUGUAAACUUACUGAAUAUAUGCUGUGACUGACUGAUGUAAGGGUUGUGACUUUAGAGUGUUAGUGGAUUAAAUAGUUUAAUUAUAAAACUUAAAAAUAAAAAGUCUACUGGACAGCAUCCUUCAACUUUAAAAGGCUAAAGGUUAUUUGUAGUUUUUAGGACAAGUGUUAGAUCAACAAAUUGAAAAGCUUAACAGCUGUUCUCUAUCGUAUGAGAAUAUCUCUCCACUACAUAUAGAAUAUAUGUAGUGGAGAGAUAUUCUCUAUUCUCAGAGAACCAGGGUUACACUGUAACCCCACGUUAUCUGUGCUCAAAGAUCCUCAAUGAUUUUAUGGUGUUGGAUUAAAGCACUAUUUUUGACUUAAGUGGCUAAUGUAUCCUCCUCCAAUCCUCUAUUUCUAUCAAUACAGACAUGUCUUACUUGCUUCUUCAUCACAUAUUCUUACCAUCUCAGUAUGAAGCAAACUGGAAACCCAUUUUUCUAUUCGAGUAUUUUCUAGAUUUUAAAAUUUCUCCAUCUGGCUUGGACAACAGCAUUUAACCUUCGCUAACAUGAGUUGCUCUCUGAAAAUAGCUAACAGGUCAUUAAAUAUGUUUGUAAAACUUUAAAUGGCUUGAAACAGUCUUUUCCUUUUUUUUUUUUAAAUAAAAGCUUAAAAUAAAAUACUCAGACAAACUUUGCAUUGCAUUCAAUACAAAAUAGUUGUGGUUUAUUCUUUUGGGAACAAAAAAUGGCAACAACUAAGUGUCACUUCUCAUAACCAGCAAUAUCUACAGGAAAGAAACAACAAUGGUUCCUUCAAUCGAUCACCAUUUUCCACCAGGUUUAAAAUGAUAACUUCAAAUGUUUGUCAUGUGGUUAGCCUCUGUGUACACUGUAUUCACAUUCGCUCGAUUCUGAACAUUAAAACGUGUUCAUUUCAAUUUCAUUUCCCCUCAGUCCUCAUGCCUGCAAAGAAAACAUCUGUCCACUUUUUUUUUCAAUAUCACGGUUGAAAAUGCUUCUGUUUACUUACACAGCUUCAAAAACACUUGUGUCUGUACAAAUUCCUAUGAAAAAAAUAGAAAUGACACUUCUGAGGAAAAGAACAAACAAAUAAGAAGUCAGUCAUAAAAGAAAACUAACAUGCCUGAUUGAACUCUAAUGUUAUCUUGACUCUUUUGUUUCCCUCGUUUGUCGUCUCUGGGUUGGUUCGUCUAUCUACGCCUUGGAUUUUAUUUGCUCUCAAGGGGCUGCUGAGACAGAUCCUCGGACAAAAUACUAUUUCCCCAAGAAUGACAUCCGGUUGUGCGUUGCAAUUUUCUGUAUCCUCUCUACACUGGUUUCCCCUCCUUGGGUUUGAAAAAACGUAAACGGAUGCAGAUGAAGCAGAAAUGAGGAAGCAGAUGUCGUUUUUUGAUGCGUUCAGAUCAAUCUUGUUAAAGGGUACUUGUUCUUGGUGGUCCAGCUAGGUCUUAAGUCCAUGUGUGCUUGCCUACAGUAUUUCUACUUUCCUGCUGGUACGGGUUGACAAGGGUUUACCUGUGGCUCUAGUGCAAUGUUUCCCAACUUUCUUUGGGAGAUUUAUUUUGAUGAUUUUGUCCCAUUUCUGCUUUUUUUUUAAAACUAGCCCUUGGUUGUCUUUCUGAGGGGGCUUCUAGUUUGUCAUUAACAGGCCCACUUCUGCUCCUUUUGUAGUCCCAUGAGUCCAUCAUUUGAGGGCCUCUGACUGCUCCAAAUCAAAGCCUUCUGAUAAAAUAGCCAGUUAAAGACUGAAAUUUACCUGCGCUUGUCCUUUAAACCUCCCUAUUUGUAGACGGUUGGCUCUUAUUAGGUUGUGGUGUCCAGUUCUUCCUCCCAAACCGAUUCCAAAGAAGGAACUCGAAGGAUGUUGAAGGAUUUGACUUCACACGCGGGAAAGAGCACAAUGUCAGACCUCAAUAAGCCAGAGCCGAGGAGAGGAGGGGAGGGUUGUUUUUUUUUUUUGUAAACGACAUACAUCCACUUCACAAGCCCACCUGCCCCCUCUCUCUUCUAUUUCCAUGUCCUCCUGUUCCUCUUCCUCCUCCUUCUUACCUCCGUCUUCAGAAAAGACCAAUACAACAGGUUUGGAUGGGGCAGAAGGGGGAGACUCGGGGGAGGCUAGGUAGUGUGGUAGGUAACAGCAAGGGGAAAGGUUGUCCCUGUGUGUCUGAUGGGGGUAUCUGUGUGUUUUUGUGUGUUUGCAUGUGUUGUGUGUAUCAAGAGGUGAAGACGCCCCAGCGUGAGGCUGUUAGGACUGUUUGAGGCGCUUGCGUGGGGGUCCGAGGAAAGGGCACUGGGCUGAAGCCAGUGAGCGGUAAGCUUCAGCCACCAGGUGAGGAUGAGAUGCCACCAUUGAUUUCCAGCCUGCUGUCUCCAUCACCUCUGCAGCGUGACUGAAGGGACAAAGAAUAUACACUUUAGAUUAGAGAAAACUAGCUGGAAUUAAAGGGAUAGACUGUGUAGUAUAAAUAGGUUGUCUAGGUAACCCACCAUGGAUAGUGAUGCUAAAUUGAAGCUGUAAAAAUGACCAGCCGUGUACAUGAGCGGUACUUUGUGCCCCAAUCUUAUGUUCGUUUUUUGUUGGUUGAGUAUUUCAUUAUCCAGUUCUUCCAUCACUUUAUUCUGUUUUCUGACUUUCGUGUCCAGGUUCUUUCUUUGCUCUUGAAUAAAACUUUGUUUUCA